AGGCUCUCUGGCUCACAGCGGAUUUGGAAGGCAGGGUUCCGCUCUCCGGUAGGUGCGAUGAGUCUGCAGGACCUUCUGCGUGAACAGCAGGUCAUCGUGGCAGAGCAGCAGAGCAUGCGCGCUGAGUUCCAGCAGAUGCAGCGCAAGCUGGACGACUAUGUGAAGAGCGAACUGAGGCGAUUGAGCAGCCGUUUGGACGCCAACGACGCGCGCAUCCAGCGGGUGCUUGGGGAUGGCCCCACGCCAACAAAGUUUCUGGAGUCGGCAAAGAACCUCUUUGCCGACCCGGCGUCCGGCGCACGCCAGGAGCCGCGGAUGUCGCCGCUGCCAGAGACGGGCGGCUACAAACGCUCCCCCCUGGUGCCCUCCCCGCGAAGCGAGAAGGUCCGGCAGUCCAUGCAGCAACCAUCGAGGAGGAACUCCAAAGCAUCUUCCAAUGACUUGGACUCCAAAACGGACCAGCUCGUGGAAGCGUGCAAGAAGGCCCCGGUCGAAGACGUUUGGAGCUCGCCGGGAGACUCCGCAGUGACCUCGACCGUGCUGGACCACGCGGAGGAGAAUCUGCGGCGCUGCUUCGCAAAGACGAGGGAGGGCCAGCGCAACCCCAACAACCCCCUGCUGGGGCUGAAUGCAAUCUUCAAGCGCCUGGACCAGAACCACUCGGGCAAGGUGGACCGCCAGGAAUUUGCAGACCUCUGCGCUGUGUUGGACUUCAACUGCUCCGCGGACGUCAUGAGCGGGCUUUUCAACCGCUACGACGUGGACCGGUCCAACUACAUCACAGUGGACGAGUUUGGUCGUAUGAUGUUCAAGCUGGAGGGGGACAAGGAGGGCAAGGCUCUGAGCACCAUCGCGCGGCUCCGGGAGGCUUUGGCCCUGCGGGCCGGCGGCUUCGAGACCCUCAAGGCCAUGGCAUCCCAGUUCCGCAUCAUCGACCACGACAAAUCCGGAGAGCUCACAAAGGAAGAGUUCAACACGGCCCUGGACAUCCUCUUCAGCUGCUUCCAGCUGCGCUUCUCCGCUGCGGAGAAGCUCAGCUUAUUCCAGAAGUUCGACCGGGACAACUCCGGCACGGUGAACUACGAGGAGUUUAUCCGUGGGGUGCGCGGGAAAAUGAACGACUUCCGCCUGGACUGGGUCAACCAAGCCUUCGGCAUCCUGGACCGGGACGGCUCCGGCGUGGUCACGGCCGCCGAGAUGGCGCAAACCUACGACGUGUCGAAGAACCCCGCGGUGCAGUCUGGAAAGGUGACGCCUCAGAAGGCGAUGUCGGCGUUUAUGCAGCACUUCGACCAGCAGCUCGGGAAAAAGCCCGGAUCUCACCCAAGCCCGCGGAAAGCUUGGGGAACAACCCGAGAGGAGUUCAUCGAAAACUACCAGUGGGUCAGCGCGUCCAUUGACAGCGUCUCGACGAAAAUAUGGCCAAGCCCUGCACGGGAGCGCUGCGAGCCGGAUUGA